AUGAUGUUUUGGUUAACUGAUACAUCAUCUAUUCAAAGUUUAACUGAAGAACAACAAAAACAAAUUCUAGAAGAAGUCGAACUUUGCUUUGAGGAAGAUCGUACUUACACUGAUAAUUUAAAUCUUGUCAGUGUUUCCGAAAAAGAGAAAAUUAAUACAUUAUUAACAUCUUGGCAAUUGAAUAAGAAACUUCGAUCGUUUUUAAAAAUCAUUGAAACAAAUCUUUCGCUCGUUAAAUUACAAGAAUUCAAAAUAAGAUUAAAUAUAAUUGGUCAACAAUUUACAGUUGAGAGAAAUGAAAAUCACCAUAAAAUAUUACUCAAGUCGACGAUUCUACCAAUUGAUUCUCAACGGCUAAUCAAGGCUCAACAAAGAUAUUUUAAAUCUUAUUCAAAUCAGUUAAUCAAAUCAAUUAAAUCACUGGAAAAUUGUAAUCAAUCAAAAGAAUUUCCCGAAGAACUUUUUCUUUCUACAAAUAAUGAAAAUAAUUCUCUUAGUAGUAUAAUGAAUUAUUUUAAAAACAAUUUAAAAGUCAGUUGGAAACAGUUUCAAACUGCUAAAGAAAUCUUAAUAGAAUCGAAUGCCGCCCAAGAUGAAAUCAGUAAACUUCUUGUCUUAUUUCGUCAAGAAUCAACUGAAUUCUGGGCAGAAUUGAUACAAUCGAUAAAAUCAUUCAAUGAACUUCUAUUUAAAACUGGUCUAGUUUUAAGAAUUACACCAACAAUUCUUAUAAAUUUGCUUCAUCAACUCUGGUUAAAUGAAGAACAUCAGGAGCAAUCUGUCGAUGAAUUAUCAUCAACAAAACGAUCAAAAAAAGAACAACCUUGUGAACUUAUUCUUACAAAAGAGCAAUGUGCACUCUUAGGUGGUACAAUAGUUGAUUGGAUUAUUGAACAACAUAUCGAAAGAGCUUUAUAUUUUGCUUGUCAUCAAAGAUGGGAAGAGUUUAAAAUGGAACUAUCGAACACACCUCAUACAAAUUGGAUACCCGCUGAACAUUUACCAUGGUUAAUCUUAGAAUUAGAAAUGAAUAUUACCAUUCGAGAAAUACAAAUCAAAGUUGUACGUCAUAUGAUGGAACCACCAACAUCAGCAGAUGAUAAAAUUGCUAAAAAUAUUGUCAUGCAAAUGAAUAUGGGUGAAGGUAAAACUUCAGUCAUUAUACCAAUGCUAGCACUUAGUUUAUGUUCAUCAUCGUCAAGUUUAGUUCGGGUAGUAGUAUUGAAAGCACUAUUGACAAUCAAUUAUCAAUCAUUGCGAUCAAAAUUAGGUGGUUUACUCAAUCGAAAAAUUUUCCCAUUUUUCUGUCGUCGAGAUAUGAAUUUUAACUUGACACAAAUCAACACCAUCUUUCAACGAUUUCAACAAGCUUUAAUAAAACGAGAUGUUAUUAUAACAGCACCAGAAUAUAUUCUUUCAUUUGAUUUACUUACUAUUGAUAAAUGUCGUCGACAAGAACUUGAACUAGGCAAAUCAAUGUUGAACAUACAAAGAUGGUCGAAAAAAUAUGCUCGUGAUGUUUUAGAUGAAUCUGAUGAAAUUCUUCAUGUCAAAUAUCAAUUAAUUUAUACUGUUGGUGGUCAGCUACAAGUUGAUGGUGGUAUUGAACGUUGGAAAACUAUUCAAUCUAUACUACAUUCGGUCAAACAACAUGCUGCUAGUAUUGCUGAAUCAUACGAAAAUGACGUAUGCUACAAAGCAUCAACAAAAUCAAGUCAUUUUCCAGAAUUUCGUUUGUUAUCAGAACGACCAUUUUUAAAAUUAUGUGAAAAUAUAGCCAAUGAUUGGUUAAAUAAUAAAGACUAUCGUCAAAUAGAUAAAGAACUGAUUUUAUCAUUUAUAUUAAAGGCAAAUGUAUCAUUUAAUACACUUCAGCAUAAAUUUUCAACUCAUGUUAUUCAACAAUUUCUCAUUCUUCGUGGUCUUCUAUCAGCUGAAGUACUCUAUUUUGCUUUGAAAAAACGUUAUCGAGUUAACUUCGGUGUUAAUGAAAGUUCUACAUUCAGACGAUUGAUGGCCGUACCAUUUCGUGCCAAGGAUGUCGCUGCUGAAAAUACAGAAUUUGGUCAUCCAGAUUUAGCAAUUAUUUUAACACAAUUGUCUUAUUACUAUAGUGGUUUAACUGCAUUACAAAUUGACCAAUGUUUAGACAGAUUAAAUCAACAUGAAAGAGAACCAGAAUUAAUUUAUGAAAAAUGGAUUUCAAACGAAGACAAGAAAACUAUUGAUUCAAGUAUUCGACAUUGGAAAGGCAUUAAUUUAAGAGAUAGUCAACAGAAAAAACAUCAUCUACAUCCUGUUCUCCGUUACAAUAUGGUAGUAAUUGAUUACUUUCUCGAUCAUUUUGUUUAUCCUCAAGAAGCUAAACAGUUUCCUCAUAAAUUAGUCGCAUCUGCUUGGGAUUUAUCUGCAUCUUCGCGAACAAAAAUAGUCACUGGGUUCAGUGGUACCAAUGAUACACAAUUAUUACUACCGGUUCAUAUUCGACAAUGUGAUUUGCCAGAACUUCAAAAGACAGAUGCAAUCGUUUUAAACAAUUUGUUACAGUUAGAAAAUGAAAAUUAUCAAUCAUUAACGAUCAAUACGAAUUCUUAUGAAAUUCUGAAUCAAAUUUUUGGUAGUAAAUCAAUAAUUAAUGUCAUUAUAGACGUUGGUGCAUUGUUUAUUGAUGGUAGUAAUCGUCAGAUUGCUGUCAAAUGGUUGGAACUAUCGGAUAAAAGCAAAAUAGAUUAUGCUAUAUAUUUUGAAAUGGAUUCUAUUUUUGUUUAUAAUCGUCAAGGUCAACAUCAUCCAUUUCAAGCUUCUCCGGCUAAUGAACGACUUGAUCGUUGUGUAGUCUAUUUAGAUGAAAGUCAUACGAGAGGAACAGAUUUUAAAUUUCCAAAUGAUUUUCGAGCUGCUGUUACUUUAGGCAAUGGUUUAACUAAAGAUCGGUUUGUACAGGGAUGUAUGAGAAUGAGGAAAUUAGGAAAAUAUCAUUGGUUAACUUUUUGGAGUUCACAUGAAGUUGAUCAACAAAUUCGAACAUUGAAACGUGCUACAUCAGAUAAAAGUCAAGAUGAUAUGAUUCAUGUAAUUGAUAUAAUUCGUUGGGUAUAUGAUAAUACACAACAAGCGACAUGGGAUGGUUUACAUCAUUGGUCAACACAAAGCUUAAGUUAUCAACAAAAAGUCAAUGCUUUUCGACAUGUUCAAUGGACUAAUAAUGAACAACAGUUUACAGCUAAUCUAUUGCAUGAAAUAGCUAAACAUUGUUUAGAACCAGAAGUAAUAUCAUUGGAGAAAAUGUAUGGUCCACAAAAAUUAUUGCAAACGAUUGAAGAAAUUUAUUCUACACGAUCGAAACAACUUAGUUUAUAUUUGAACGAUGAAAUUCAUAAGGCGGUAUUAAAACGAUUAAAAGAUUAUGGUGGAUCGAAAAAAAUUCUCGCUAGCUCAUCUGAUGAAGAGCAACAACGAGAAUUACAACGAGAAAUCGAACAACAAAUUGAGGAAGAACGACAACAUCAACGUCCUAUAGCUGUCAGUCCUCAGAAACCAAAACUACACGAUGAAAUCAAGCAAUUGUGCAGUGCUGAUGGUCCGAUGUUGCACUUAGAAUCUUUAACUGAAGUAUUUCGUCGCCUUCCUUUUGCUUUUAAUGGUUCAACGUUUUCUCAAGAUUGUCAAUCGUCUAGUUGGCAAAAAAAUAUUUGGAUUUCAACUGAAUUCCAGAAAGUAAUUCGAACAUUAGGCGAAUCGUUAGACCCAUUUUUGAGGCCUCCACGAUGGAUUGUAGUCUAUCGAAAUCAACACAUUAUCUUUGUGAGUGCUUUUGAAGCUAACUGGUUGAUCAAACAAUUGAAAACUGAAUUCUAUUCAAACAAAAUAGAUCAAUCAUAUACUACUACCCUUCGCUUGCUACUACCACGUAUUAAAAAUGAUCAAUCAAUUUUAGUUAACCAACCGACAUUAACAAUUCCACCAUCGAUAGUCUCUGAUGGAAUAUCUCAUUUUAUUAUUCCCAAUGAAUGGUUAGUUGAAUUAUUGAUUUUCAAUGGCACUCUCUAUUUUGAAACAGCGGACGAACAAGAAGCUUAUUGUCAAUGCUUGGGUGUGUGUCCAAAGCCACGAACUAAGAUUGAAAAAGAUGCAUUUGAAAAAGGAUGGAUUUUAGUAGAUGGAUUCAUAGCACAAGAAGAUCAUCGACAACUUUUACACAGGCAUAGAUGUCGUUUCACCGCUAAUCCGUUACGAUUUAUUCAAAAACUAAUCGAAAAUCGAACUGGUUCACAUGCACCUCGUACUUCCCAUGUCGGCAGUAUCAUCUUUGAUACUACCAAAAUUUUAUCCUAA